AAUUCCUCGUUAAUUUUACCCAUUUGGGGCCAUUUGUGUUCUUUGCUAAAGAUCACACCGCCUUACGUUAAAGGGGAAGAACGAAGAAAACAAAAAAAAAGAACGGAACUUUCUAUAAACCCCCUCCCUUCUCUCUCUCUCGCUCUGGGUUUUUCGAGGUUGCGUUUUGCUUUCAUUUGCCCAACCUUCUCUGUGACGUUUUCUAGGGUUUCCCAAGCUUUUUUCGCCUUCUCUCGACAUGUCUGGAGCCGCUUCUUCUGAUCGUCUCGUUUCUAGCUUCCCUCUUCUGGAAACAGCAGACUUGUUUCAGGAUUUGUCUUUAGGUUCAGAUGCAAAUGAAGUCCCUAGGAACCGUAAUAAGGGUUCUUUUCAGCACCAGUAUGGUCACAUACCGUAUGGUGCAUCUUCUUACGGAAGUGAACGAAGGCCAAAUAUGAAUGUUGGCAAUCAGCUAAAUGGUGGAGACUCAAUUGGUUCAUACCCGUGGGGUUACUUUCCAUCAAACUAUCCUUCUGGUGGCUACCCUGAUCCGAGGUUUGGUUAUGACCGCAGCAGCAAUCACUCUUCCUUUUCGCAUCUCAUGAAUCCACACAACUCACACGAAGCACCAAGUUUUGACCAAUUUGGAUAUAAUGAUCCUUUGUAUUCCAACCAUGGAUUGUAUGGACUUUACGGGAAUGUAAUUGACUCUGGUCAUGCAUAUGGAACUUUUGGUUAUGAUUCCUGGAAACUUGGGCGAGGAUGGUAUCCUGUUGAUGGUUAUAGAAAGACCAGAAGCUUCAAUCAUGGGCGUGGUUAUAGUGAUGAGAAAGCAGAUAGGCUUAAUGAGCUUUGUCGAGGACCAAGGAGUAGUGAUUUCAAGAAUCCUCAAGUUCUUAACACUGCAAUGUUAGAGGCAAUGAAGCAAGACGUUUCAGCGGUUGAUCUCCAGCGCUACAACGGGGAGAGUUUCCCUGAAACAUUCGUGAAAGCUAAAUUCUUUGUGAUUAAGUCAUACAGCGAAGAUGAUGUUCAUAACAGUAUAAAGUAUGGUGCGUGGUCGAGCACGCCAACUGGCAACAAGAAGUUGAAUGCUGCAUAUUAUGAAGCCAAAGAGAACUCUCAAGAAUGUCCUGUGUAUCUUCUGUUCUCGGUGAAUGCAAGUGGGCAAUUUGUUGGUCUUGCUGAGAUGGUAGGCCCUGUUGAUUUCAACAAGACAAUGGAAUACUGGCAACAAGAUAAAUGGAUUGGUUGUUUCCCUGUGAAGUGGCAUAUCAUCAAAGACAUACCAAACAGUCUCUUGAGACACAUAACACUUGAGAAUAACGAAAACAAGCCUGUCACUAAUAGUAGAGACACUCAAGAGGUAAAUCUGGAUCAUGGGACGAAGAUCAUAAAGAUCUUCAAAGAGUACAUGAGCAAGACAUGUAUACUUGAUGAUUACAAGUUCUAUGAGACAAGGCAAAAGAUCAUCAGAGAUAAGAAGAUCAAGCAAAAGAAACAGGCCCUUGAAGGAGUUUCCGGGGAAACAAUUAACUUGUGUUGAAAGCUGGAAUCGAUGCAAGGAAAGAAGAUGACUUAAUUAAAAGAAACCUAGUUUUUUGAAUCAUGUUUUUCUUCAGGGUUUGGAUUUCUGAAAACCUAAUACACAUCUUUAAUCUAUGUGUGUUCUCUCCGCUUAUCUGAACAAAACUUACAUUGUCUUAUGUUCCUUUUUAAGGAGACGCACAUCUGAUAAAACAUAAACUCAUGCCUUUGCUCUCUUAUUUCCUUGAAAGUUGUUGAUAAUA